GUCACCGGCGUUUCAGGGAUUGGGGGCACCGGAUGGGGCAUUCGGGGUGCUCAGAAAGCCGGGCGCCUGGUAUUGGGGACUGGGGCGGGGGUCAGGCAGGCACCUGGAUGGCAGGCAGAGGAGAGGGGAGAGCAGUGGGCUGCGCUGGGGUCCCCGGGAACAUGCGAGUCAGACGGGGGAGUAGGUUUCAGGGUUUGGGAUUCAUGUGGUCAGAGUUUGGGUGACAGGAGGAGGAGGCAGGGCUGGCGGGUGCCAGAGAGGAUCGGACAGGAGUGGUAGAGGGUGGAAGCCGGGGCCUCACGGGUCGGGGGGUCAGAAAGGAAGCUGGGUUUGGGGUGACAGGCAGAGAGAAGAGAGGAGGGAUGGUUGGGACCCGGGAUUGGUGAGGGGGUGAUACAGGGGAUGAGGGGCAGGGUCCUCGAGUUUGGGUGGACAGGUGGGGACCAGCAGAGUCCACUAGAUAAUGGGUUAUGGCUGCGGAUCCUAGGGUUUGAGGCAGUCAGAGGCUUUGGGGGAACACUUGGGAGUGGGGGCUGCUAGGAGCUGGGUUGGGGGGCCUAGCUGUUGAGUAAAGGGAUUUGGGGCUGUGGGUCCAGAGGGCUUGGAGUUUACGCUGGGCAGACGCUAGGCCACAGGCACCUUUGAAUUUGCAUGUUUGGGGUGUGUGUGUGGAUCCAGAAGAUCCUGCUUGCAGACUGGGGAGGGGAACAGGGAGAGGGUUGGGGGUGUGGGCACAGCCUGGGACAGAGCCCCAGGGUCCGGGAGGGACCGUGGGUCCUGCUGAACACCCUCCUCUCUCCUCCCCCUUCCUUGCCUCUCUUUGUUCCCCUUCUCUGCCGCACGAACCCAGACAUAAACGAGCUGAACUUGCCCAAGACGUGUGACAUCAGCUUCUCAGACCCGGACGACCUCCUCAACUUCAAGCUGGUUAUCUGUCCUGAUGAGGGCUUCUACAAGAGCGGGAAGUUCGUGUUCAGUUUUAAGGUGGGCCAGGGUUACCCACACGACCCCCCCAAGGUGAAGUGUGAGACGAUGGUCUAUCAUCCCAACAUCGACCUCGAGGGCAACGUCUGCCUCAACAUCCUCAGAGAGGACUGGAAGCCAGUCCUUACGAUAAACUCCAUAAUUUAUGGCCUGCAGUAUCUCUUCUUGGAGCCCAACCCUGAAGACCCACUGAACAAGGAAGCUGCUGAGGUCCUGCAGAACAACCGGCGACUGUUUGAGCAGAACGUGCAGCGCUCCAUGCGAGGUGGCUACAUCGGCUCCACCUACUUUGAGCGCUGCCUGAAAUAGGGUCGGCGCACACCCACCCCUGCCAGGGCCACAGCCCCGGCGUCCCCUACAAAUAUUUAUUGGGGGCCACAGGUGGAGUGAUUGGGGCAGCAGGUGGGGUCAUUCCAUGCCCUAGCCUUGCCUCCCCUUCCUGCCACCGGCUCCUAGUUAUUUUUUUUUUAACCACCAUGUGAUUAAGGUCGGCGCUGCCUCCUCCCGACCCGCUCAGCGAUGGGAAAUGAAUUGGCUUGUCUAGCCCCCCGCUGGGUGCCGCACAGCCUCCCACUCUGGGCUCUGGGGUGGGUGGCCAAGGGGACUGGGUGGCUGGGGCCCCGCCACCCCAUUCCUCCACCACUGGAGGUCCCGCCAGGCUAUUAAAGGGGAAUGUUACUGCAUG